AUGUUCUCACCACCAAACUGCACCGUCAUCCCCCCCUCAGCCCCCAGCGACGCAGGCAUCGCGGGUGCAGGUGCCCUAAUCUCCUCCUCCCUAACCGCCACCAUCGCCCUCCUCCUCUCCGCCUCCUUAAUCCUCCAAUCCACUUUUUCUUCUAAUUCCCGCCCCUCCACCAUCCGCCGCAAGCUCCUCGCCUCCUACUCCGACCAGCAAAUCCUCAUUGGCAUCACGCUGCAAUCGCUCGGUCUGGCGCGCUCUUCGCACAUCAUCCCCUACCACUUCUUCAUCAUCUGGAUGCUUUCCCUACUAUCCAUGGCCACACACAACGCCACGCUUUUGGCGCUGGUCCAAGACUUCAAGAGGGAUUGGGUGUUGAGGUGGAUGAGACAGGGCUUAAUGUUUGUCAAUCUGGCGCUGAGUUGUGUGUAUGGGGUGGUGGUUCUGGAAGGGAAGAGGAAAGGGUGGGAGGGGACGAUGCCGGUGGGGUGUAUAUGGGCUGUUGAUUCUGUGAAAGGAGAGGAUAAUAACAAUGGGAAGGUAGCAGCGGGGGGGUUGGACUACGUGGGCACGAUCGUGACGGUUGCUGGCAACGUGGUGGUGUUUGGGUUGGCGACGUGGUACUUGCAGAGUAGGAGGCAAAAAUGGUAUAGGAUCGUGCAGCUGGUGGGCAUGCUCUUGAUGAUGGGAAUCGCGGUGGGUGCGGCCGUGAGGGUGUUUUUGCUGUCGCAGGCGUUUGGGAAGCCGGAUGUGCAGCUGAGUGAUCAAGGGGAGAAGCAGUUGGGUUUUGGAAGCUUGUUGGGGCUCUUGAUGAUGGCUUUGCCGAUUAUAUCGAUCAUUGAGAUCAAGAGAGGAGAGGUAAUGGUGGCGCCGCCGUUGAGGGAUGAUGUGUCUGAUGAUGAGAAGCCGUUGGUAUGA